CGCCGACUGUGCACUCGCACAAGAGUUCUCCAUUGCUGAACUCGUGCGGCUGCAUUCCGCAUUCCACGAUACCAACCAUGUUCCCCUCCUCAGCUCGUUUCCUUGCUCGCUCGAGCCCAGUCAUCACGCUCCCACCUCCCGCUCGUCCCUCAACCGCCGUAGGUCGCCUGUCAAGAUCCCGUAGCCACCAACGUCGAUACUCAUCUUCUAAACCUCCCGUUCCCCCAAGUGACGGCUCCCGGGGCAUUGAUACCUCGUCACAAUCUCCCACUAAGAGCGUGAGCCCGUCGAACAAAGAAGGUGCCGAGAAGCGCGAGGGGAAACCGGCGAAACGACGAGGUGGCAAAGAUAGCAGCAAUGUCUCUGCUAAAUCAAAAAACAAUGAGCCCUUUCUAAACCUUCCCAGUGUUCCUUCUACACAGCAUCUUCACCCUCAUGAUAUCCAUGUAGCAUCCUUCUUCUCGACGCAUCGACCGAUAUCCGUCACAACGUCUGUGCCAUCAAAUUCCAACCCAGAUGCUUUUGAUGCCAUUUUUUCUUCGAAGAAAUCAUCCAAACCCCGGCCAAACGACGUCAUAUAUACCCUCUCCUCAGUAGUCAACUCUAUCGAAGGGGUAUUACCCAACACUCAAUCUAAUCACCCUGUAGGGAACAACAAUUUAGGAAAUGCUAUCUCUCAGGGAUCUGCCAAAACUGUGGACUCCGAUCACUUCAGCAACCCCGAUGACCUCCCAAUGGACGACCUCCGCAUCUCCAUCCAGGAUUUCGCAAAGAAGCUCCGACCAUUCAACCCCCCGCCACCGCCAGUCCCUAUGGAAAGUUUCGGAGAACAAGAUGCCACCCUAGAAGCUGAAACCACCGAAGCCGCUGAAUCUGAACUUCAAGAAGAUGUGAAGGAACAAAGCUACUCCACCCUCCUUACCAUCACCGAAUCCACUCACGGCGACGGCCGCAAGACCUACGAAGCCCACAGCUCACCGCUCGUCCGCAUUGAUAACAAAGACGCCCCUUCAUCCUCUGUUUACGAAGGUGAAAAAGUGAUACAAGACCAGGGAGGCUUAUUUUCAAUAUCAGAGCCGGAGAUGAACCGCCAUCGACAGCAGCAUCGUGUGCCGCAUUCAAUGGGCCGGAAAGUUUACUACGCCAUCAGCGUCAAGAGACAGCGUAAAUUGAAAAUGAAGAAGCAUAAACAUAAAAAACUAAUGCGGAGGACGAGGACGCUGAGACGGAAAUUGGAUAAAGCAUAA